CGGAGCAUAGCCUCGGUCGCUGUGUAGCUGUGCAUGUCCGAUGCGGAGUACUCCAAGCUUUUGAAGUCCAUGAUUUGCCGAUCAUAUCGGCAUCCUGCGAUAUAUAAAGCCAGAAAAUCUUACCGAUAAAAACAAAACAUUCGCUACAUAUAUGACCGUCACCACUAACACUUCUACCCAACGCAAGCUGGCUCACUCCCAGAAUACCGACGAACGAUUCCAAGCCUUGGAUCGCGCCUUGGCAAGGAGAUAUGUAUUGCGUCUACUUCAUGAACGGAGGUCGCGCAGCGUCCAUGAGCAACCACAAGCAGACGUGGUAUUCAGACCAAGAGUGGAAAUAUGUGAUGACCCAUCUUCCUCACGUAUCACCGCCGCGCUUGAACUUCCUGGCAUGAGAGCAGAUGAUGUCCGAGUGUCACUCGAGCGCGAUAAUCUUCUCGCAAUUUCUGGAGAACGUGUAUCUAAAGCGCCUUCAAAUCACUCCGCGUCUAUCAGAUUUCCUGUGAGAGAGAUCAAAUACGGAAAAUUUCUUCGUACACUGGAUGUUCCAUCCGGUACAAUGAUGAGUACCAUAUCAGCGGCAAUGAGCGAUGGCAUGCUGCUUGUAUCCUGGCCUCGUUCCCCUCCUGGCGCCUCAACUCGUUCUCCGCAGUGAUCGAUACAUCUGCCACGCUGUGGCAUCAUGUCAUACCUAUCCUUUCUUUUGGACUCCACUCCCAACUCCUACAUUAUUAUUUUGGGUUAAUUGUUACUAUAGAUAU